GGGGAGAAUCACAAAGCCUGGGUCUGGAAGCACUGGAGUGCAGAGUGCAGAUAGCAGCACGCUCCCUCGUGCAAGUUUCCAGGGAGCGUUUCUUCUUGGCACUGACACAGCCAAGUCUUCAGCUCUGACACAGAUGUUUCUCCAUCAGCUCUGAAGUAAUGCUGCUCACCAAAUACAAUGACAUAUCCAGGGAUUCAUGGUCCACCUCAGCCUUCUAAGAGGACUCGCUACUGAUGAAAUCAAAUGCUUAGAGAAGCAUGAGAUGUGAGGCUUUAUCUAAUAUUUUAUGUCAGCUGGUGAAUCGCCACAGCUCAGUACAGUGCUGCUUUACACCACUGCAACUUUCUUCAAAGCAAACUCUUGGUAAAAUCCUCUAAUUUCCCUCUGAUUGCGAACUGGUGUGAAGACUGGAAUGAUUUGCCUGUUGGAAGAAUGUUGACUCUCGAGUGGGAGUCGGAGGGACUGCAAACAGUGGGUAUUGUUGUGAUUAUAUUUGCAUCUCUGAAGCUGCUUCAUUUGCUGGGACUGAUUGAUUUUUCAGAAGACACUGUAGAAGAUGAAAUGGAAAUGGCCACAGUACGACAUAGACCCGAAGCUCUUGAAUUGCUGGAAGCACAGAGUAAAUUCACAAAGAAGGAACUUCAGAUCUUAUAUAGAGGUUUCAAGAAUGAAUGCCCCAGUGGUGUUGUCAAUGAAGAAACCUUCAAAGAUAUUUACUCUCAGUUCUUUCCACAGGGAGAUUCCACAACUUAUGCACAUUUUCUGUUUAACGCAUUUGACACUGACCACAAUGGAUCUGUAAGUUUUGAGGAUUUUGUUAUGGGUCUCUCAAUUCUACUCCGAGGGACAGUACAGGAGAAACUGAACUGGGCUUUCAAUUUGUAUGAUAUAAAUAAGGAUGGAUAUAUAACUAAAGAGGAAAUGCUUGAUAUCAUGAAAGCAAUAUAUGAUAUGAUGGGGAAAUGCACCUAUCCUGUUCUCAAGGAGGAUGCGCCUAGACAACACGUGGAAACAUUUUUCCAGAAAAUGGACAAGAACAAAGAUGGAGUAGUUACCAUAGAUGAAUUCAUCGAGAGCUGCCAGAAAGAUGAGAAUAUAAUGCGAUCCAUGCAGCUCUUUGAAAAUGUGAUUUAAUGAAGACAUUAGGUCUACAACUAAUGGACAAAUAUGAGCUAUUCUGCAACAUUAUCUAAAAGAUGGAUAUCCCACUUUAUCAUAAAUAAAAUUACUCAGCUUUACACUGAGACAUGUAUUAUGCAAAUAAUUUUUUUAUUAUAAACUUUCCCAACAAAAGAACUUUCUAAAUUAUACAAUUUAGCACAACAGUUGCAACUUAGUUAACAAGAUCAUUCUGAAAAGUCAGGUUUUUACUUCAAACCCAAACAAAAUAAGACCUUACAUUAUGCAGCUUUAUUACCAUUCCAACCCCUAGAUAAAAUAGAUACUAUCACAAGGAGAUUAAAUAAAUUCUCUUAGUUUUGCUACUUAUUUGUACUGGAUUAAGCUCCAGGUGUUUGCGUGUAUUUCUUAAAUCUUAGUUUCUAAUUUAUAAAGAGGUAUUACCCUGUAUUUUGUUUUCACAUUUGUAUGGUGUAGUCGUCAUUUUUUUGAAUAAUACUUUCAGUUAAAGUGCUAUAAUCGAUGUGCAAUGCACAACUUGCUACAAUUGCCUUUAACAUUUGACUUGCUUUUCUCUUAAAAAAAAAAAAAAAAAGCCCCAAACCUAACAAAAUAGAUAACUUGAGAGGAAGAACUGU